UCAUUACACCGCCAAGAUGCUACUUCAUUUUGUUUUUAUUCUUCUGAGCUGCAGUUCGAUCGUUUGCGGUAUCACGCGUGCUCCUCUCCGUGGUCGUCCCCCCUUCCGUGGUGCUUUAAGGAAUAUUCCCACCUGUGAGACGCCCUACAUUCGGCAUGGGUCAAUUGUGCGACGCCAGCGUGGGCGAACUGUUGAAUAUGUCUGCGAUCCAACGUUCACACUGGCUGGUAAUCGUUUUGCCGUCUGUUCUGGUGGUAGGUGGGACGUACCAGUGCCCUUUUGCAUUAAACCCGGCUGCAAGAUGCCCAAGGGACCUACCAAUGGUGCCAUUGUGGCUGGAGACACAACCGCCAGUGCUUUGCUCUUUUGCCUGCCGAAUUAUGAGGUUGCAGGUGCACGAGAAGCUUUCUGCGAUGGUGAAGAGUGGGAUAGGCCCUUAGGUACCUGCCGAGAGACCCGUGUAGGUCCUCAGGUGGCGUGUGACUUUGAAUCAGCCACUAUUUGUGGGUGGACUAACGACGAUAGCCACGAUAUAAAUUGGGUGCGAUCGAGUGGAGUUCAAUGGGCACCACAUAGGCCCCCAAGAGCAGGUCCUAGGCACGAUCAUACCAUAGGAAAACCCCUUGAGGGACAUUUUAUGAUGGUCGACAGCCUACGUCAUGUGCGUCAUGGUCAAGCUAGACUUCUAUCGCCAAUCUACAAUGCCACAUACUCUCGUGGUUGCUUUAGGUUCCACUUCAAUAUGUACGGAGCAUCAGUGGGUAGUCUUGUUCUCUACCAGAAACCCCUAUCGGUUCCCAUUGAAGAAGUCCGCCUCUCUCGCGACAGCCUACGUCUCUUCUCAGCCAGUGGGAAUCAAGGAAAUGCCUGGCAUGUGCAUGAAGUACAACUGGAAGCUGUUCAGGAACCUUUUCAGUUAUUUUUUGAAGCUCAAAUGUCAUCAUCUUCAACGGAUAUUGCUCUGGAUGAUGUUGAAUUGGAUCUUGGUUGUGGUGCUCCAACGGAAAAUCCCGAAACAACAACAGAGGAAUCCGGAGGUGUCUAUCAGAUGGACUCCUGCCGUGAUAGAUGCUCAGAAAAUACAACGGUUGCAACAAAUGGAAGUUUCGUUAAGGAACAAGAAGAUGAUGGAUUAUCCUUUAGAUGUGACUGCCACGGAGAAUGCCUCGAAUUGCGAACAUGCUGCCCAGACUACCUCGAAAUCUGCAUUGGAAAUCCCGAAGGUGUAUCGGCCAUCCCAGAAAUACGGGAGUCCUCCCAUGUUGCUUUCCUCGCCAUUGGUGGUGCUGCUACAAGUGGAGCGCUAUGCUUGGGUCUCUUGGUGUGGAUCCUUUGCCGAAGAAGUGCCAAAAAAUCCGUUAAUUACGCUGAUGUGAUGUACGAUAGGAAAAAACGCGCCAGGAAGAUUGAGAAGGGCCAGGAAGCCGAUGAUAGUGAUAUAAAAUGCUUAACAGCAGAUGAGGAGCUUGAUUUUACAUUGAUGACCCCACAGCAGGGAGAUUAAAUGACCAAAUAAAGAUUUUCUAGAAUUA